AUUGAGGUAUGGGAAAGAGAAAACCAACUUAGUGGGAGUAUAAAGCGGAUGAUACAGAGAGAGAGAGAGAGAGAGAGAGAGAGAGAGCUAUCUGUGGGAGCACCUGCUUAUGCUUUGUUAGAGGUAGAGAAAAGCAAAAGACUCUCCGUCUCUUCAAGCGGCUCCAGAUAUUAAUUGAUCAAUGCUUAUUCCAUGAAUGAUGUUGCUCACUGUUGACGAGUUGAAUUGUUGAGUUUGGUUUUUGGCGGGGGAUUGCAAGGUCAGCUCGCAGUUUGUUUAGUGCCUAGUAAGGAAACGAUGGCUGCAGAGGGAGCAUUAUCGUUUUCGGUGGCAUCGGUGGUGGAGGAUGUGCUUCAGCAGCACGGCACUCGUCUCAAAGAUCUUGAUUUAGAAUCGAGGAAAGCAGAGGAAGCUGCAUCAAGAAGAUACGAAGCAGCAGGGUGGCUGAGAAAAAUGGUUGGAGUUGUUGCCGCUAAAGAUUUACCAGCAGAACCCUCUGAGGAAGAGUUUAGACUUGGUUUGAGAAGUGGGAUUAUCCUCUGCAAUGUUAUUAAUAAGGUCCAACCUGGAGCUGUGCCUAAGGUUGUGGAAAGUCCUGUUGAUUCUGCGAUGAUCCCAGAUGGAGCACCAUUGUCGGCAUUUCAAUAUUUUGAAAACGUGAGGAACUUCCUUGUGGCUAUCCAAGAAAUCGGACUCCCUACCUUUGAGGCAUCUGAUCUGGAACAAGGGGGAAAGUCAGCUCGGAUUGUGAACUGCGUUUUGGGCCUUAAAUCCUAUGGUGAAUGGAAACAGACGGGGGCAAAUGGAGCAUGGAAGUUUGGUGGAACUGUUAAGGCCACAGCUUCCGGAAAAUCUUUUGUGAGAAAAAAUUCAGAGCCCUUUACUAGUUCGUUGUCAAGGAACUCAUCCAUCAAUGAAAAAUCUGUGACUGCUUCUCCCACUGACGUUGACUCUAGUAAAAUGUCUGGCUCUCAUUCUUUGAGUUCGCUCGUUCAUGCAAUUCUGUCUGAUAAGAAACCUGACGAAGUCCCAAUGUUGGUUGAAUCUGUUUUAAACAAAGUUGUAGAGGAGUUUGAGCAUCGGAUUGCACGCCAAGGUGAACCGACUAAAACUACGUCAAGAGAGAGUGUUUCUCAAGGCAACCGCCCUGUAUCAAAGUUUGUGGGGGGAGAUAAAAAGGUAGAGAACAAGACUCCAUUGGUAAUAAGUAAAAAGGAUAUAAUUCAUAGAAACUGCGUUGCUGAAGAAGAACUGCAAAACCAACUUCUGAAACAGCAAAUGCUCUUUGAUCACCAGCAAAGACAUAUUCAAGAACUAAGGCAUACUCUUCACACCACAAAAGCUGGUAUGCAGUUCAUGAGCAUGAAGUUUCACGAGGAGUUUUCAAAUCUUGGAAUGCAUGUUCACGGAUUAGCUCAUGCUGCUUCUGGAUAUCAUAAGGUUCUUGAAGAAAAUCGUAAACUAUAUAACCAAGUCCAGGAUCUUAAGGGAAGUAUUAGGGUGUAUUGUCGAGUAAGACCCUUCUUACCCGGACAAUCAAGCUAUAUGAGUACAGUGGAGAGUAUGGAAGAGGGAACUAUCACAAUAAAUAUUCCAUCAAGGAAUGGAAAAGGGCGCAAAACAUUCAACUUCAACAAAAUCUUUGGGCCAUCCACAACCCAAGCGGAGGUCUUCUCUGAUAUGCAGCCACUCGUUAGAUCUGUCCUUGAUGGUUAUAAUGUUUGCAUAUUUGCAUAUGGCCAAACAGGAUCAGGAAAAACUUACACUAUGACUGGGCCGAAAGAGAUAACAGAGAAAAGUCAGGGUGUAAAUUACAGGGCUCUAAGCGAUUUGUUUCAUAUAGCAUACCAACGAAAGGACACUUUUCGCUAUGAUGUGGCUGUUCAAAUGAUUGAGAUUUAUAACGAGCAAGUCAGGGAUCUUCUGGUUACUGAUGGAACAAACAGAAGAUUAGAAAUUCGAAGUAGUUCACAUAAGGGGUUGAGUGUACCAGAUGCAAGCCUUGUCCCUGUAUCAUCAACCCUUGAUGUUAUUGAUCUAAUGAGCCUGGGGCAGAGGAAUCGCGCAGUUGGAGCAACGGCCCUUAAUGACCGUAGCAGCCGCUCUCAUAGUUGCUUGACCGUUCAUGUUCAAGGAAGAGACUUGACAUCUGGUGCCAUUCUUCGUGGGUGCAUGCAUCUGGUUGAUUUGGCGGCAGGAAGUGAAAGGGUAGACAAAUCUGAGGCCACGGGAGAUAGACUCAAAGAGGCACAGCAUAUUAAUAAAUCUCUCUCAGCUUUGGGUGAUGUCAUCGCAUCACUCGCUCAGAAAAAUCCACAUGUCCCAUACAGAAACAGCAAGCUCACUCAGUUACUGCACAAGAUUCACUUGGAGGACAAGCCUGAUCUGCAGGUUAAAACCUACAUCGAAGAGGAGAGCGCCCCGAGUCUGCAUCAGGAGAUCGUGCUAUCGGAUGAUUAUCCCCCAGAAAGUACGGCGUCGUUCAACGAUAGCGGCGUUGGGGAAGAGGGACUGGAGUCUUCGGCUGACAGCCCCUCUUUCGAGGAGGUGGAUCAGAGUGAAACCCAAGAGCCCUUAAAAUCCGUAGAGAUUAACGAGGAGAAACACGACAACGACAGUGCAACGACUGAAACAGAAGAUGAUAUUGUCGAGGAAGACGACGAUGUCGCCUUUGGGACAAGUAAAAAUAGCUCAGAGGGUCUGGAGUCUUCAGCGGACAGCCCCUGUGUCAAGGAGGUGGAUCAGAGUGAACCCCAAGAGCCCCUAAAAUGCGUAGAGAUUAAUGAGGGGCAGCGCGACAACGACAGUGCAACGACUGAAAACGAAGAUGAUAUCGUCGAGAGAGACGACGAUGUCACGCUUGGGACAAGUGAAAAUAGCUCAGAUGGUCUGGAGUCUUCAGCGGACCGCCCCUGUGUCAAGGAGGUGGAUCAGAGUGAACCCCGAGAGCCCCUAAAACCCGUAGAGAUUAAUGAGGGGCAGCGCGACAACGACAGUGCAACGACUGAAACAGAAGAUGAUAUUGUCGAGGAAGACGAUGAUGCCGCCUUUGAGACAAGUGAAAAUAGCUCAGAGGCAACUGGAAGGACUUCCCUAGAUUCCAGUGAGGCAGCAAUUUGGCCCGCGGAGCUGAUAGAGGAGGAACCCCAGCAAGUCAAGGGAAAGGUGGUCAAUGACCAAAGCGAGGCUGUUAGAACCGCCAAAUCAAACAUCUCGAGUCCCAGUGGCGCCAAUAUUUCUGAAAUUUCUGGGUACGCUGGGAGUGACAGGGUCAUGGCAUCACCAGAAGCAAAUUCGUCUGAGAAACGAAAUUUGUUUGUGCCGCUGAAUUACCAUCUGUCUCUAUCGAAAUUCAAAGCCUGGGUCAUCUUUAUGCUGCUGUUUGCCAUAUUACUUCUGGUCCUGCUCCCCCAUCGCAUUCGCGUAUCAGGAUCUUUGAUGGGGUCAGUUCUGUAAUAUCCCCGUGAUUACCAUGGACCUGAUGUUAGAGCAGUUUGGUUGGACGGUUAGGUAGCUACCACCCCUUGUAUUCACAGGACCUGGACCACAUGCAUUCUGUGAUCGCAAGUUUGAUGAGGAUCAUCCGUUUUCUGUUUAGAGGCUUACUAUAAAUUAGCACUUUCAAGUGCCGUGUUGUAAAUUAUGUCACUAUCAAGCAUCAGCUAUAGUGGUGAAAAUCAAAAUUAUUUUCGAGAUAUCAGCAAUAUAAAAUGGAAAUGGAGGUUGCACUUUUCUU